AUGUCUUCGUCACUUACGCCCACCCCGACGCCCACAGUAAAGGAUGGUGGCAGCACCGGCAGUGACCGGCACAGUGUUGCCGAGAACUUUCCCCUUUCUCUUCUUGCCGACUCGUUGUCCAAAUCGCGCCUGCCGCCACCGCCGAACAUGUACACAAUCAAGUUGUUCCGCUCCAGACGCUUAACCUACCGGCGGUACACCCCUCGGACCUCCUUGGGCUUUGCCAAAUCCCCUGACAAUCGAUCGACGACCGUCAUCAUCGAUGUCGUCGAUCAUAUACCAUCUGUCAUUUCCUCUCAAACGCAAUCGUUCAGGAACAAGGACCAGGGAGCAUGGGGCUACCUCAACGAUCUUCAGGCUUUUCUCCUUUAA